UCAUAACUCCCUUUUCAACAGCAGUUAUUUUUUAUUAUUUUGUUUUCUUAAUCUUUGAUUCUUUGAUUUCUUUCUAAUUUCUCUCUUCUACUACUUGAGAAUAACGUAACCCGAUUCUUUGUUGGGAAAAUCGUUGUAGAAAUCAAUUGUAGAUCAGUACUAGAGUGGUACUUGGUUGGGAUUUUCUCGGGAAAAAUAAAAAAAUGAAGGAAAGUGUUGAAAAUCCCCUGCACCUAAAAUCCUUGAACCACAUCUCACUUGUCUGCAGAUCACUAGUGGAAUCCAUUGAUUUUUACCAGAAUGUUCUUGGCUUUGUCCCGAUCAGAAGGCCUGGAUCGUUUGAUUUUGAUGGCGCAUGGCUGUUUGGUCAUGGAAUUGGAAUUCAUCUUUUGCAGUCCGAGGACCCAGACAAUAUGCCUAGGAAGAGUGUAAUCAAUCCCAAGGAUAAUCAUAUUUCCUUCCAGUGCGAGAGCAUGGGGGCUGUGGAGAAAAAGCUGAAGGAAAUGGAGAUCAAGUACGUGAGGGCAGUGGUGGAAGAAGGCGGGAUCCAAGUAGACCAGCUCUUCUUCCAUGACCCCGACGGUUUCAUGAUCGAAAUCUGCAACUGCGACAACCUCCCCGUCGUCCCUCUUGCCGGCGAGAUAGCCCGCUCCUGCUCCCGCGUAAACCUCCAGAUGCUGGGCCAGCAGAACAUCCAACAGCAGCCUCAUGUUGUCCCCAUCUGCAGUGCCACUUCCAAGCAUUAAGCCUAUAUUCCUACUGCGUGGUUUUGCCGCUGCCUAAGCUCUUUUAUUUGUUGUUCUGUUUCAUGUCAUUUUCUUUGUGUAUGUAAGCUUUUGUAAUACAACAAAUGGACAAUAUAGAGUGUCUUGAUUGCUACUUCGAGAAAUAUGUUUAAGCUCUGCGAUCCUUUUCUGAGCUGGCGUGAUCUCACUAGGUUUUCUUGUUUAAUGUAAUGUUGUUUUCAAUUUGCUCAUCA